AUGCCCGCCGCAUCGGGCGCGUCGUCCACCAGCAUGAACACCUCAAACUCCUUUUCGUCGAGCUGGCUCGGCAGCUCACCCUCGCGACAAUCGCCCGUCCGACAAUCACCUCAACGUAACGGUCUCCGUUCUUCUAGGGGAAGUCUCAUUCUGGACACUUACGAGAGCCCCUCACGGAAGCUACAGCUUGAGUUCAACAACAUACUCAGCCAUUCUGACCGAGAGUUCCACAAAAAGCUUGAUCAGGAUGCCGCCGAGCGCGCCAGACUGCACAAUGAACAGCUGGCGAGAGCUGCUCAAGAGCACCAGAGAGUGCUGGAAGAGGCGACUCGUGAGAUGGAACGAAUCAAGCUAGAGGAAGAGAACCAACGGCUGCGCAGGGCAGUUGCUCAGGAGACGGAGAUCCAGCGGUUGAAAGAGCAAAAGAUGAAGGAGGAAGCAGACGCUCGGCAGCGACAGUUAGAAGCGAAACUUCGAGAGGAAGAAGUCUCCAGAGAAGCCGCAGAGAGGCAGCGGAGGAUACAAGAAGCGGCAGAAAAGGCUAGAGCCCAGAAAGAACAAGAAGAGGCAGCUAGGAGAAAACGGGACGAGGAUGAGCGAAGGGCAAGAGAAGCCGCCGCCGCACCCCCGCCUCCAGUCCAAAAACCACAGCCCACUCAAGCCGUACAACCACCGGCUGCACCGCCAGUAGUAGCAUCUGCGGCCCCGGCAGCACCACCUCCGUCGUCCACGCCCUCAGCCGACAUCCUCGAAGUUCACAAGAAAUACCUCGCUCUUCACGGCUCGAUGAAGCAAUUUCGGAAGCAGUUCACAGCCGCUCACAAAGACAAGCAAGAUCCGCUGAAGCCCAUUGUUGGUGAUCUUAGACGCAACAUGAACAAGCGAUUGGGACAGAUAACGGUCGACUUCCAGGACAGCAAGAAGGCGAUCGCGUCGAUACGAGCCGAGUGCUUCGAUACAGCGAUAAACGCAGGCGGUCCUAUGAUCGAUAUCCGCCCUUUCCUCAUCACGCACCAGAUAACAAACGACGCCGACGCCCAGUAUCCGCAGCUACUACUGUACGCCUGGAUAUGGUUCGAGAAAUACUUAAUUACUCAAUGGUACAACGAAGCAUCCAAGGAAGACGGAAGAAUCAUCACUCAACUCUCGCUCAUCGCCGCUAGUUUAUAUCUUGACCCGAAGUAUAUGUUGAAGGGAACCAUACCCAUGACCGACACUCUCAUCGCAAAGUUACACCGCAUCUGCCCGAUGAUGUUUGGAAUCCGAGGCAACGCGACAACCGACCGCGCCGGUCUAGGUCUUGACAAGAUCCACCCCAACGAAUCCGACAUGAACCGAUAUUCCCAGCUCAUGACCGGAGUCGGAGCAGGCUACGCAGCCCUCACCCACCGGAAAUUCGCAGGAAAGCCUCCUGCCAUCCCGAUAUCAGAGUACUGGCGCGCCGUGGCACUGAUCGCUAACACGCCAGCCGAAGCCCUUUACCCGGGCCACUUCCUGUGCCUGCAGGGUCUCCUUCGCGAUAAUGCGAAGAAGUUCCUCGCCACGUACGGCGUGGCAGCGAAAGCAGUCCUCCGCCGCGCUACGUUUGAUCUUCCGAAUCGUGUUCCAGAGCCGCGUGCUGGUGUGCAAGAGGAACGGUCGGGUCUUCACGCAGCCGCGAACUUGGUAAGGGUGCUGCCAGAUGUGUGGCAGAAGAAGGAGAACAUCAGCAUCAAGUGA